AUGCAUUUCCGUUCAUUACUACCUCUCCUUAUGUCGACUCUCUACGCCACACAAGCCAUCGCGAAAGGCUAUGGAGACUGCUGCCUAUGCCACUACAUCGAGCUCCAGUGGCUAUGUGUAAAAUGGAACGAGAACACCGACACACUCUCCUGCGGACUCAACGGACCAUUCCCACCCGGCUCAAAAUGCACAGUCGAGAAGUUCUACCAGCCACAAGACCGCCUGCAGGCAAAUGUCUCCCUAUACAUGGGCGCAAAUAAGUCACCAUACAGGCUGGACCUGGGUAUUAACCCUCGUAACUGCAAGCCUUGGAAGGAGUUCCCAACACAAUGGACUGGCUGGGGUGCCUACAUGUUCAACGGCGGAGAUAUCUCCGCACAAGACAUGAGUGUCUGCGAGAGGUUUGGGGCUGCAUGA